GAAGUAAAAAAUAAUUUUAAUACAUCUGUUCCGAUAUGGCAAAUACUGGUCUAUUGGUUCUAACAAAUCCUGCAAAAAUGAAGGGAUUGCUGCUCGUAAUUCAGAAACAUGUUUUAAAGACAUUGUACAUUCAAUAUCUUCCAGAGAAGAAUAUUUUUGCAGGAAAUUAUAACUCUACAAUAUUGCAACAAAGAGAUCCUGAAUAUUCUAAAAAGAUCAUUGACAUAUACAAAAGUACUUCUACAAUUUCUUCUUGUCUUGAUAUUCGUGUUUUGCUUACCAACUUGAAAUAUCCCGAUAGAUCUAUUAUAAAUACCAAAAAACCUGUAGAAGUAGUGAUCUUUGAUCAAAAGUGCAGUAAAGAAGAGGCAGAUACAUUCAUACAGGACCAUUUAGCAAACAAGUCGCUGAAUUACCACUUUGUUAACCACAUAUAUAGUGGAAGUCUGAACUGUUGUAAAAAUGUAGAAUAUGAUGUUCAGAAAAUUAAAACUUACAAGAAUGUAGUACUAGGUGGUACAUUUGAUCGAUUGCACAAUGGUCAUAAGAUUUUGUUAAGUGAGGCUGCAUUGCGUUGUACAGAAAAACUUACUGUUGGUGUGACAGAUAUUAAUAUGAUUACUGGCAAAGUGUUGUGGGAACUUAUACAACCGUGUACGCAAAGAAUAAAAAAAGUUGAAGAUUUUUUGGAAGAUGUAGAUUCAUCAAUAUCAUACAAUGUUGUUCCUAUUAAUGACAUUUAUGGACCUACUAAGGAAGAUCCAACAUUAGAAAUGAUAGUUGUAAGUGAAGAAACAAAACGUGGAGCUGAUAAAAUCAAUGAAUUACGUUUGCAAAAAGGUUUAAACAAAUUGGACAUUCAUGUAGUAGAAUUAGCAGGUGAUGAGGGCCAUGAAGAACAUGAAGAGGCUAAAAUUAGUUCUAGUAAUCACAGAAUGCGAUUACUUGGCACAAGGCUUAAAGAUCCUAGUGAAAGUAAAAUCUUAAGAUCUAGAAUCUUAAAACCUUACGUCAUUGGUUUAACGGGUGGUAUCGCAAGUGGAAAAUCUUCAGUUGCUGAAAAAUUGCAACAACUCGGCGCUGGUCUUGUAAAUUGUGAUAAAUUAGCUCAUAACUUGUAUUUACCAGGGACAGAUUGCUUUCGUAAAAUAAUUGAAUAUUUUGGUUCUUCUAUUGUCGACACAGAUGGAUUUAUAGAUAGAAAGUUGCUUGGUGAUAUUGUGUUUAAUAAUAAGGAGCAAUUAGAAAAGUUGAAUAAAUUAAUUUGGCCUUUAAUUCUGCAAGAAGCUAAAAAAGAAAUAGAAAAUCUUUCUUACAAGCGUCGUAAUAUUAUUGUACUGGAAGCUGCAGUUUUAAUUCAAGCUGAAUGGCAAAAUGAAUGCAACGAAAUUUGGACUUGUAUAAUACCACAAAAUGAGGCUAUAAAACGAGUUAUGAAUAGAAAUGGAUUAUCUGAAGAAGCAGCAAAAUUACGAAUUAACAUGCAACCAAGUACCAUGGAGCAAGUUAAGGAAGCCAAUGUUGUUAUAUGUACUUCGUGGAGUUAUGAAAGAACCUUAGUACAAGUAGAAAGAGCAUGGAAAGAACUAAUACAAGAUUUAGACAAAUUACAGGCUUUUCGAUAAAUAACAUUUACCUAUUCUCUGAUAUACAAUUAGGAUAUUGA